GCUUCUUCGGGCUGAGGAGGAAGUAGUGCACCUCAGCACUAUCCCAAGACUGCUGGCAACAGCGAGUUCCUGGGGAAAACCCCAGGGCAAAACGCUCAGAAAUGGAUUCCUGCAGGAAGCACUAGAUGAGAUGACAACUCUGCAGCAAACAACUCCGCAAAUGAAAAAGAACGACAUGAUGCAAUCUUCAGGAAAGUAAGAGGCAUACUAAAUAAGCUUACUCCUGAAAAGUUUGACAAGCUAUGCCUUGAGCUCCUCAAUGUGGGUGUAGAGUCUAAACUCAUCCUUAAAGGGGUCAUACUGCUGUUUGUGGACAAAGCCCUAGAAGAGCCAAAGUAUAGCUCACUGUAUGCUCAGCUAUGUCUGCGAUUGGCAGAAGAUGCACCAAACUUUGAUGGCCCAGCAGCAGAGGGUCAACCAGGACAGAAGCAAAGCACAACAUUCAGACGCCUCUUGAUUUCCAAAUUGCAAGAUGAAUUUGAAAACCGAACCAGAAAUGUUGAUGUCUAUGAUAAGCGUGAAAAUCCCCUCCUCCCUGAGGAGGAGGAACAGAGAGCCAUUGCUAAGAUCAAGAUGUUGGGGAACAUCAAAUUCAUUGGAGAACUUGGCAAGCUUGAUCUUAUUCAUGAAUCUAUCCUUCAUAAGUGCAUCAAAACACUUUUGGAAAAGAAGAAGAGAGUCCAACUCAAAGAUAUGGGAGAGGAUUUGGAGUGCCUCUGUCAGAUAAUGAGGACAGUGGGACCUCGAUUAGACCAUGAACGAGCCAAGUCCUUAAUGGAUCAGUACUUUGCCAGAAUGUGUUCCUUAAUGUUAAGUAAGGAAUUGCCAGCCAGGAUUCGUUUCCUACUGCAGGAUACCGUAGAGUUGCGAGAGCACCAUUGGGUUCCUCGCAAGGCUUUUCUUGACAAUGGACCAAAGACGAUCAAUCAAAUCCGUCAAGAUGCAGUAAAAGAUCUAGGAGUGUUUAUUCCUGCUCCUAUGGCUCAAGGGAGGAAUGACUUCUUCCUGGAGGGACCGUUCAUGCCGCCAAGGAUGAAAAUGGAUAGGGACCCACUUGGGGGACUCGCUGAUAUGUUUGGACAAAUGCCAGGUUGUGGAAUUGGUACUGGUCCAGGAGUUAUCCAGGAUAGAUUUUCACCCACAAUGGGACGUCAUCGUUCAAAUCAGCUCUUCAAUGGCCAUGGGGGACACAUCAUGCCUCCCACGCAAUCGCAGUUUGGAGAGAUGGGGGGCAAGUUUAUGAAAAGCCAGGGGCUAAGCCAGCUCUACCAUAACCAGAGUCAGGGACUCUUAUCCCAGCUGCAAGGACAGUCGAAGGAUAUGCCACCUCGGUUUUCUAAGAAAGGACAGCUUAAUGCAGAUGAGAUUAGUUUGAGGCCUGCUCAGUCGUUUCUAAUGAAUAAAAAUCAGGUGCCAAAGCUUCAGCCCCAGAUAACUAUGAUUCCUCCCAGUGCACAGCCACCACGCACUCAAACACCACCUCUGGGACAGACACCUCAACUUGGUCUCAAAACUAAUCCACCACUUAUUCAGGAAAAGCCUGCCAAGACUAGCAAAAAGCCACCACCAUCAAAGGAAGAACUACUUAAACUGACCGAAGCUGUUGUAACUGAGUAUCUGAACAGUGGAAAUGCCAACGACGCUGUCAGUGGUGUGAGAGAAAUGAGAGCUCCAAAACACUUUCUUCCUGAGAUGUUAAGCAAAGUGAUCAUCCUGUCACUUGAUAGAAGUGAUGAAGAUAAAGAAAAAGCAAGCUCUUUGAUCAGUUUACUCAAACAGGAAGGGAUAGCCACAAGUGACAACUUUAUGCAGGCUUUCCUGAAUGUAUUGGAGCAGUGCCCCAAACUGGAGGUUGACAUCCCCUUGGAGAAAUCUUACUUGGCACAGUUUGCGGCUCGUGCUAUAAUUUCAGAGUUGGUGAGCAUUUCAGAACUAGCUCAACCACUGGAGAGUGGCACCCACUUCCCUCUCUUCUUACUUUGUGUUCAACAAUUAGCUAACUUACAAGACCAAGAAUGGUUAACCGAACUUCUUCAACAAAGCAAGGUCAAUAUGCAGAAAAUGCUGCCAGAAAUUGAUCAGAAUAAGGAUCGAAUGUUGGAGAUUUUGGAAGGAAAGGGACUGAGUUUCUUAUUCCCACUCCUUAAAUUGGAGAAGGAACUAUUGAAGCAAAUUAAGCUGGAUCCAUCCCCUCAAACUAUAUAUAAAUGGAUAAAAGAUAACAUCUCUCCCAAACUUCAUGUAGAUAAAGGAUUUGUGAACAUCUUAAUGACCAGCUUCUUACAGUACAUUUCUAGUGAAGUUAGCCCACCCAGCGAUGAAACAGAUUCUUCCUCUGCUCCUUCCAAAGAACAGUUAGAGCAGGAAAAACAGCUGCUGCUCUCUUUUAAGCCAGUGAUGCAGAAGUUUCUUCAUAAUCAUGUGGAUCUACAGGUCAGUGCCCUGUAUGCUUUGCAGGUGCACUGUUACAACAGCAGAUUCCCAAAAGGCAUGUUACUUCGAUUUUUUGUUCAUUUCUAUGACAUGGAAAUUAUUGAAGAGGAAGCUUUCUUAGCUUGGAAGGAAGACAUAACUCAAGAGUUUCCAGGAAAAGGCAAGGCUUUGUUCCAGGUGAAUCAGUGGCUAACUUGGCUAGAAACUGCUGAAGAAGAAGAAUCAGAGGAAGAAGCUGACUAAAGAACCAGCCAAAGCCUUAAAUUGUGCAAAACAUACUGUUGCUAUGAUGUAACUGCAUUAGACCUAACCACUGCGAAAAUUCAUUCCGCUGUAACGUUUUUCACAAUAUUUAAAGCAGAAGCAUGUCAGUAAGGUUUCCUUCUGCAUAAGGUUUUUGUAGUAUGAUGUCUUAAUCAUAGUCUACCAUCAAAUACUUUAGGAGUAUCCAUAAUGUUUAGAUAGAAUAUUAGCAGCAUGCAAUAAUUACAUCCUAAGCUCUCAAGCAGAGGCAGUCUAUUGCAAGGACCUUCUUUGCUGCCAGUUACCAUAGGCUGUUUUAAGUUAGAAAACUGAAUAGCAACACUGAAUACUGUAGAGAUGCACUUUGCUCAGUAAUACUUGAGUUGUUGCAAUAUUUGAUUAUCCAUUUGGUUGUUACAGAAAAAUUCUUAACUGUAAUUGAUGGUUGUUGCCGUAAUAGUAUAUUGCCUGUAUUUCUACCUCUAGUAAUGGGCAUUAUGUGCUAGAUUUUAAUAUCCUUGAGCCUGGGCAAGUGCACAAGUCUUUUUAAAAGAAACAUGGUUUACUUGCACAAAACUGAUCAGUUUGAGAGAUCAUUAAUGCCCUUGAGUGGUUUUUGUGGGUGUGAAACAAAUGGUGAGAAUUUGAAUUGGUCCCUCUUAUUAUAGUAUUGAAAUUAAGUCUACUUAAUUUAUCAAGUCAUGUUCAUGCCCUGAUUUUAUAUUUUAUAUACUUGUAUCUAUCAAUAAACAUUGUGAUACUUGAAAAAAAACAUGAUACCGUGAGUUUAGUGUGACGCGUUUUUUUCUGAACAGUGCUGAAGAAUAAAAAAACCAUUUUACUAGUCUUUAUACUAAGUAUAGAAAUAAUGGCCAUUCGUGCAGGUGUUUGGAACCUAAAUAUUUGCACCUGAAAAUAAUAGAAACCAUAUUUCCUUAAUAAAAUUUAAGGAAAAUAUAUUUUAACAUACUGAUUAAAUCUUAUUUUAAUGCAGACCUAAUAUCAGAUUCAUCAGUGAGUAAGAAUCCCGAUUCUACACAAAGAAAUUGAAUUGAUUCUGUUUUUUUCAAGAGAAGAAAUUGCUUCUUGUGGUUAUAAAGGCAGGUAAGGAGAAACUAAGUUAGUUCUAUUUCUUAAUGGAUAGUUGAUUUUUUUUUAUAUUUUUAGAAAGAUAAAGCCUCGCAAGUCAGUUCUACAAUUUCCACUUAUGAAAUAUAUAUUACAAAGGAAAUAUUUUAGUCUGAGUCCUUCAUCUAUACUACCAUGUAAAGAAUUUUAAAUAACAUAAUAGUCCCUAGUGAUCCUCCAGUGAAACCCAAAAUAAUAAUAAUAAUAAUAAUAAUAAUAAUAAUAAUAAUAAGAAGAAGAAGAAGAAGAAGAAUAGGCAUUGUCAUGUUUAUCUUCCAUCCGGUAUAAAAUGGUAAGAAAUUGAAAGCUACAUUUGUCUUUUUCUUUUUCUUUUUUUAUUUGAAUGGCAUUGGCGGGGCCUUAUUAGUCAGUCUUUACAAAUAAGCAAAACUCGCCACACAACUGUUCAUAACUGUCCUUCUGGACAGUCUGUCUUUUCACAGACACAGUCACUUACAUUCAAGAAAACACACAGAAAAUUAAGCUGAAACUCGAUUUCCUUAUAAAUUAAAAGUAAACGAUUUUCUACCAUUGCUGAUGACCAAUGUUGGCAUCUGUGUGGUGGGUAAAAUGAAGCAGGGAGCCUUCCGAUGGGCGUCAGUGCUUAAAGUUACUGAUGGGGGUGGAUCCAGACACCUAUGGGGAUGCUGCAGCAGGCAGCCAGCGACUAGAGAUGUUACUCAACAGACAGUUUUCUGAGGGAGCAAAGCUUAAGUUACUGGGGGGUUGGCACUCUCUAUGAUCAGCGAAAAACCUAUGAACUCUUAACUCCUUGGGGUCAGUGAGAAAGACCAGGGAAGAGAGAAAAUUCACACACACACACACACACACACACACACACACACACACACACACUCACACGCACACACAGAGUUGAUGGUAGAAGGAACAGUGUUCCAGCCCAUCAUACACAAGCCUUAACAGAUACACAUAGUUGAUGGAUGCCCUAACCCUUGUGCUUUAUUGUUUGUUCCAUCACUUAUAUGUCCCAGCCAAGUCUUUGAAGCAUCAUUAAAUCACAAGGUAAUUGUUUUAGUUUUCUUCUAGACAAAGACAGGAGUAAUUAUUUCAUUAUUUAUCCUUAAAAAGUAUUCUUAAAAGACUCACAGAUCUAACCACUUAUUUUAAAAAUCAGUCAUAUCUACUUUAAAUCCUCAGAAUGAGUAUCUACUCAAGAGCAAUUCUUAAUAAAUCUCAUCAGGAAGCUGAGGGCAAAAAUGUGUAUAAGAAAUCAAUUGUUAGUGCCAGAGAUGUUGGCCAGUGAGUGAUUUGAGGCACCUUGAAGUUUUCCCAUAAUUCUUAGAUUAUGAGGAACAUGCUGGCAGUGAACAGAGCAGAACUCCAUAAAAGCAUCAAGUCCUCAGGACACACAGCUCUCAGGACACAUAGUCCUUGGAGCUGUCACACUGAGGUCGCACCCACAGGACUAUGGUAAUCGGGGGGGGGGGGCAUGCGGGGGGGAGGACGGUGCAUACUACAUCCUAUCUCCAUUUUAAAGUUGAUAAAUAGUUUAUUUCAUUUACAUGAAAAAUGCAUGGAGCUUGGGAUUUGCUUCUCAAUAACUUAAGAGGUUUCUUAUUUGUUUGUGGUUCUCUGUGGUGAUGUGAAUGUUAAGAAAAUCCCAGAAGCCACUGAGUACUAACAGAGUAUUAUUUAUUCUUCUGCUCUUAGCAAGAGGGCAAGAAACACCUGUAGCUGUUUCUUAAGCAGGAAUAUGUUCAGUGAAUUUCUUUAGUGUUUUACAGUUUUCAUGGCACACAUUCCUUUGUCAUAUUUAUUUCAAGUAUUUUGUUGUUUUGUUUUGUUUUAGUUACUGAGAAUAGUAUUGUCCCCUUGCUUUCUGUGUUUGUCUUUGUAUAUAAAAAGGAUAAUGAUUCCUGUGCUUUAACUCUGUGUUUUUCAACUUUUAUCAACAUUUAUCAGCUCUAGGAGUUUUUUUUUUAUGAUUUAGUUUUUAUGUAUAGAAUCUUAAAACCUGAAAAUAAACAUAUAUUGAUUUCUUCCCUU